UUAAAUUCACAAAGAACGCUAAAAUGUCCGCUGAAGCUGAAGCAAUUGUCACGGCCGGUGCUGCCGAUGCAGCGCCAGAGAAAACAGCUAAUGAGCCCGUUGCUGCGGACACCACGCCUGAUAAGCAGCCUUCAGAAAGUGCCCUAAAUCCGGAGCAAAUACGUGCCGAAAAAAUCUUGAAGGGCAAAGAGCUGUUUAGUCAGGGUUCACGUAACUUUCUAGUGAAGAGCUACGACGAGGCAGCCGAUGAGCUGAGUCAAGUGUGCCAGCUAUACGAGGAAGUUUACGGCGAGCUGGCCGAUGAGUUGGGACAGCCACUGCUGCUCUAUGCAAAGGCGUUGAUUGCGAUGGCACUGGAUGAGAACAAAGUGAUCGAUGUGCCCGAUGAGGCGGCUGAUGAUGAUGAGGAUGAGGAUGUGGACGAAGAGGAGGAAGAAGAAGGCGAGGCCAAUGGAGAGAAGCCAGCGGUGGCUAAGGCAAAUGGGGAUGCAAAUGGCAAAAAACUGGACAGCAUUAAGGAAGGUACUGCCGACGAGGCCGAUUCCACAGGCGAUGCCGACCAGGCUAAGUCAGAUGUUGCCGGUGGGUCCAAGCCACCCACGGGAGUCGAUGAAGUAAGCAGCAGCAACAGCAAUUCUGCAGCAUCUAACGCCGAAGAUGAGCGUCCAAGCACCUCCAAUGGUGAAGUGGCUCCAGGUACCAGCAACGGCGCACCAGGUUCCAUGGAUGUGGACCAGGCAGAGGAAGACAACGAGGACGCCGAAGGUGUGAGCGGUAGCUUGCAGUUGGCUUGGGAGAUACUCGAGGCGGCGGCCAAGAUAUUCUCGCGACAGGGUCUCAGCGGCUUGCCUUACCUGGCUGACGUGCAAACCGAACUGGCCAAUAUUGAAUUUGAGAAUGGAAUUCUGGAUGCUGCUCGUGAUGAUUACGAUAAAGCGCUGAAGAUACAUGCAGAGCUGCCUAACAGGAAUCGUCGUGCACUGGCCGAGCUGCACUACAAGAUCGGACUAACUCAUCUCAUGCAGCAGCAGAACAAGGAGGGCGCCGGUGCCUUGCGCAAUUCCAGCGUGCUUAUCGAGGAGGAAAUUGCCGAAAUCAAGAAAAAGGAGAAUCCAACCGAGCGUGAUAAGAACAACAUGCUGGACUUGGAAGAGACUAGACAGGAGAUUCUGGUCAAGAUUCAGGAGAUCGAAGAAACACAGGCGCAGACCAUUGCGGAGGUGCGCGCCGCCUUGGACAGCUACAUCAAGCCAAUGAGCAGCAGCAGCAACGCGGGUGGAGACUCAGCUGCCUCAUCAUCGACAGCAGCCGCAGCAGGUGGUAGCGGCGCCGCUGCCAAUGGAGCUCCAUCAAGUUCCUCUUCGGCUGCAACAUCGGCUGCCUCGUCGUCGGCCAUCAGCAGCAGCUCGGCCAAGCCCACAGAUAUCACGCAUCUGAUCAAACGCAAGAAGCCCGAGGAACCCAGCUCGGAGGCCGAAGCUCUCUGUUCACCGGCCAAGCGUGCUGCUGUUUAGACAUCGCUCUAAGACUGCACAUUCCAGCUGUAGACACACUCAAACACACACACACACACACACAAGCUUAUCCUAUCCCAAGCCUAGUUCUAUUUAAGAAUAUGCUAUUUGUUUUUGAUGUUCACAACAACCAUUUUCUAUAAGUCUGUAAGAUUACAAUCACAACUAGUGCUAAGUGCGUACAUAAAAUAAUGUUUUUAUACUAUUUAAAAGAAACAAAAUGAUUGAGAGCAAAAC